AUUAUCGGAAUUCAGAUCACUGCAAUUUGCAAAGUCUCUUCCUUUGGAGCGACACCGCUGCAACUGCAAUACGACCGCCGCGUUGUGAAUCUGGCCGGCGUAAAAUUUUUGUGAUCUCCUGCCAGCGUGAUGGGUGUUAUGAAAGAGCAGCUUCUGGCUCGUUUAGAGGAACUUAAAAUAGAGUUUCAGCAAUAUGAGCAUCCAGUUGUUUUGACAGUUGAAGCCCAGGCAAAGCAUGUUGGUCACUUGAAAGGUGCAUUGAGCAAGAAUCUUUUCUUGAAGGAUAAAAAGCAAAGAUAUUAUGUUGUUUCUGCUUUGGCGGAAACGAAAGUGGAUCUGAAAGUGCUAUCUCAGAGGCUUGGUCUGGGAAAAGGAGGUCUGAGAAUGGCCCCGGAAGAAGCACUUGGAGAAAUUCUUCAGGUUCCCCUUGGUUGUGUUACUCCUUUUGCACUUGUUAAUGAGACAGCAAGGCAUGUAUCGUUAUUGUUAGACCAAGGGUUUAAAACGAAAGAGAGCUGUUUCUUCCAUCCAUUGUCUAAUGACAUGACAAUUGCUCUUAAUGCCCGUGAUCUCGACAAGUUUCUAAAUUCAAUUGGAAAACUUCCUGCGUAUGUUGAUCUCGAGGCAAACCCUCCUGUAGGGAAGGAUCAUCCUCCCGAUUUGGCUGCUCUUGUUCCGUCUGAUGCACCGACGAUGGCUGAUCCUCCAACACAACAGGGAUCUUCUCAAGUCUCUGAGAAGAAUCAUGUCUCCUCAAAUACCCAACCGAAGGUAGUUCCAGCAGCAAAACCUGUAAAAUCAUCCAGUGCUCCUGCAAAAGGGAAAUCUCCUGGAGCAGAGAACGUGUUGAUCUCCUUUGCUGACCCUGACAAAUUUGUUGAGGAGAUUUUGGAAAAGACAGCUGCCGUAAUCCUUUCAGAGUUUAAAGAGGAGAACAUAGAGAAACAUCGAGAAGAGCUUGCUACGACGGCUUCAAAGAGCAUAAGCAAACAACUCGGGUUGGAGUUGAAGAAUCUUGCUAUAAUAUUCAAGAAUACUGCGUACACAGAAGGCUUCAAGGCUGGCCUUCACCAUCAGCCAAAGAGAAUGUAGAGGAAAUCGAAUAGUGGAGGAACUAUAAAUGGAAUUGAAUUGCAUCCUUUCAAUUUUGGACAUGUUAUAUGCCUCUGGAUUCAUUGUCAUUGUUUAGUCCGAUACAAGUUUCAGAAUUUCUCAGUUUA